AUGGACGUGCCGACAAGAACAAUCCAACUGCUUGCACGGUCAGAGACCUCGAGCGGCGUCGAUACCUUUGUUUCGCUGAUAGCAAAUCCGUUCGCACAAUCGGCAAGUCUUCAACCAUAUUCGUCCACGCUAGGGCUACUGUUUACUAACAUUCUGGCNUUCAAGAUUGAGAAGAAUGCUUUCUGGUCUGCCUUGGGCACUUCAAUUGGCGGUUCAGCCUUGAUCGCCUGUCUUUUCUGCUUCGCCCGCCCGUACAACAGCGUCGUCUACGCUCCUCGCUCGCGCCAUGCCGAUUCCAAACACGCCCCACCGCCGGUCGGCAAGGGUGUACUUGACUGGGUUGCACCCGUCGUUAAGACGAAAGAGCAGGAACUUGUGGACAAGGUCGGACUUGACGCCACCAUUUUCUUGCGCUUCGCAAACAUGUGCCGAAACAUAUUCAUAUGCAUUACCAUUGUAGGCCUCGCCAUCCUUGUGCCCAUCAACAUGUACGAGCACCGCAGCUCUAUUGGCAGCACAGAUGUGAAGAACUUCUUUGUUCAGUUGACGUCGCAGGGCGUCCAAGGCACUUACCUGUGGGGCUAUGUUCUGCUCGCCUGGUUCGCAAACUUUACUAUUGCCUUCUUCCUCUGGCGUAACUACAAGAGCGUUGCCCGACUGCGCAGAGCUUAUUUUGACAGUCCCGAAUACCAGAAGAGUCUGCAUUCUCGAACUCUACUCGUCACAGAGAUUCCAAGAGGUCUGCGAACUGACGAAGGACUUGUCAAAAUUGUGAACGAAGCCAAGGAUACUGGCUCCAACCCUCGUACCGCCAUUGCACGUAACGUUAAGGAUCUUCCAGAACUCAUCGAGGAACACAAUGAAACAGUGAGAAAGCUCGAGUCGGUGCUUGCCAAAUACCUUGCCAACCCCAACAAGCUACCGCCAAAGCGGCCAACAUGCUCCGUCAACAAAUCUGAUCAGACGUACCGCAAAGGGCAGAAAGUCGAUGCCAUCGAAUACCUGACUGCACGCAUCAAGGAGCUCGAAAUGCAGAUCAAGGAGGUCAGAGAAUCUGUCGACAAAAGAAACGCCAUGCCAUAUGGAUUCGCUAGUUAUGAGUCCAUCGCUGAUGCUCAUACUGUUGCAUACAAGACGCGCAAGAAGGGUCCACAAAAGACAUCCAUCCGUCUGGCACCUAGACCUCACGAUAUCAUCUGGAAGAAUUUGCCCAUGACAAGCAAGCAACGAAACUGGCAAACUUUCGUCAACAAUAUUUGGGUCGCUGUUUUGACCGUUGCUUGGAUUGCUCCUAACGCUCUCAUUGCUGUUUUUCUGUCUAACUUGUCCAAUCUGGGUAAAGUCUGGCCUGCCUUUCAGACCGCUUUGAACAACAAUCAGAAGACAUUCGCUGUCGUCCAGGGUGUGGCGGCUCCUGCUUUAACAUCUUUGUUCUAUUACUUCUUGCCUACCAUCUUCCGACGACUGAGCAACAACGCUGGUGACUUGUCAAAGACUAGCAGAGAGCGCCACGUCAUGCACAAGCUUUACACUUUCUUUGUCUUCAACAACUUGUUCCUGUUCUCGCUUUUUGCUGCCAUCUCUGGUUACGUCUACGCAGUCAUCGGCAGCAGCAAGGAGGAAAGCGCCUGGUCUGCCAUCAAAGACGGACAGUUGCUACAGAAAGGCAUCUCAGCUCUAAACACUGUCUCGACCUACUGGAUUACCUGGCUUCUUCAACGUAAUCUCGGUGCCGCUGUCGACCUUGCUCAAUUUGUCAACCUGGCUUGGGGAUCAUUUUCUCGUCACUUCCUUCAUCCAACCCCUCGUGAGCUGAUUGAGUUGAGCGCGCCACCACCGUUCGACUACGCUGGAUACUACAAUUACUUCCUGUUCUACUCAACAGUGGCAUUGUGUUUCGCCUACAUACAACCACUGGUACUGCCUGUUACAGCUUUCUAUUUCUGGGUUGAUUCGUACUUGAAGAAGUACCUGCUUCUGUAUGUCUUCAUCACCAAGACAGAAUCUGGAGGUCAAUUCUGGAAGGUCUUGUUCAACAGAUACAUUUUCCUUACCAUCUUGUCUGAUGUUCUGGUAGCUUUGGUUUGCGUUGGUAACACAACAUUCGGCUACACAGAAUGGUUGCCCAAAGUUUGCGCUUUGGCUCCUCUGCCAAUUCUCAUGUUGGCCUUCAAGUGGUGGUGUGCACACCGCUUUGACAACAAGUUGACCUUCUACACAACUGGUGUGACGGCAACAGAUACCGAGAACCCAGCAGAGUUGAAGACCAGACGUACAGAUCGCGUUGGUGUCCGAUUUGGUCACCCUGUACUCUACAAGCCUCUCAUCACACCUAUGGUCUCUGAAAAAUCGAGGCAUCUUCUUCCGAGCAUCUACUCUGGUCGUACCGCGGAGGUAGAGAUCCCGAUGGCCGGCUACUCGGAUGUGUACAUGGAUUCUAUGGCGCACGACGAACCUGGUAAGACCGCCAAGGGCGAAGUACCGGCACCAUUCGAAUUUGUAUCCGAGAAUCAGAUGGACUUCGAGUUCUAUAAGAAUCGACCCGAGUUCAGAGAUGCAGCAGGCGGCGAAGGAGAGCUUUACGGCAGACCUCAAGACUUGGUGCGUAGAGGGUCGCACGGAACCCUCAUGACACAAGAUGGCACUAUCAUGACAGGCUACGAUAGCCGUAGAGGGUCAAGCGAUUCAGCAGCGACGAGGCUGGGCGAUGAGACUGGCACAACAUAUCCCCAGGGCUACCACAAGACACCGACAGCACUUCGCGACCAGAGUCCAGCUAGUAGUGUACGCUCGAUGGAUAUCGGUAAUGCCGAUCGCCGUUUUGAUAACGAACACCUUUUGUCGGGAGCAGCAGGUAUGGGAAGGGGCGGCUUGCCAGCACCGACUCCUGGAGGUUAUGGACCACUGCGUCUAGGAGAAAUGCAUACACCUGGCGAAAGCGACCAAGAAGACACGAGUUAUGAUUAUUUCAGAAGAGGAAGAGGGCUCAACUGA